AUGGCGGCGGUUGCAGGGAGGAGGGAAAGAGGAGGCCAUCAGCGGUCAAACAGUACUCCUGUGGGCAGUACCACUACAACAGCCACCCGAAAUAACUCCAACAGAAACUUUUCAACUUCUUCAACAACCGCUACUCCAACCGCAGCGUCUUUGACGACACCCCAACAUCAACGGCUGCUGUCCAAGAGUUCAACCGCAUCGACAUCGUCUGCCAAUCACGACCCUGCCGCUGCCCCUCAGCCCCAGUCCGCUCGCCGACGGCUGACUUCAACCAAGCGGCAUUCCUCAAGUCUCUCUCAAUCUCAAUCCGUGUCAGUUUCUCCUUUGGCUCCAAACAAUUCCGUUUCCGGUAGGCAGGACAGCUCCACCACCACCGUAUCCGCCGUGAAUCCGCCUGUCGUUCCUAACAAAAGGCAUUCCGCCCCCUCUGCCGACUUGAUUACCACCAGGUCGCGGCCUACUAACCCCUUACAUCAGCGCUCUGCUUCAUCAUCUUCCUCUCCUGCACCCACAAGACACUCUAGAAAACCGAGUGACGGGCCAUCGGUUACGACAGGGAGAGGCCCAGAUUCUGCGACCACCACCAGAACCUCUAGAACUUCCACUCUUGGCUCCUCCCGAACAUCACGCACAACGGCAGCUGCCUCAUCACCUGCUCGGACACCUGCAACCACUUCCACAACUAGAAGAACAGCCACUUCGUCUCCGGCUAGAACACCUGCAGCCAGCAGAUCAUCUGCAGCGGCUAAACCCCAGCCUCCUGUCUCUAAACCUACACAUAGGCGUGCAGACUCGGCAUCUGUCCCAUCGAGUCGCUCGAGUCGCGCAAGCACUAGCCCCAUCCCCCCUCAACCUGCUCCUCCCGUGCCGUCAUCUGCCAAUCCUCCAUCCGCUCCUCCACCCCCCGAGGCAAGUUCAGCCGGUAUACCUCCGCAGAUACAAGCAGAAUUAGACAAGAACGCGUCUAUUCAGGUAACGCAACCUCCUAGGCGAGCUAAAGCACCAGCAAGAUUUAGUUCAAAUGGUAUAGCGACCGCCGAUGCACCUCCGCCAUCGCUUGCAUACAGACAAAUCCCCUUGACUGCCGCUCCUCCCCCACCACCUGCCAUCCCUCCCCCUCCGCCGGCCCCGCAACCCCCUCCUCCGAGGCCAUCUGUGGAAGACGAGGUUGAAGACUUUCAGUAUCCGCCCCCAUUGGAAGAGGACAAUAGUAAUAGUAAGGCACUUGUCACAAUAGAGGUUGAUGACAGAUACCUGUCACCGCCGACACAACAAACACAAGAAGAAACCAUGACGACAUAUGAAACAGAACAAUAUUCACGAUCAAACGGCGGCGUUCUCACCAAUGGAUUUGCGGGCAAAUACAAUGCAACCGUGGAGGAUGAUGAGCCAACAAUCACAACGUUAAGGGAUAUUCAACGGAUCGCUCAAGAGGAAAGAAGUUUCGCCAGUUCACCAAAUCCGUUAACGUCAUCUAGAACUGCUCCAUCACAAAAUGGAGAUGACCCGUUUCUUAACUUGGCGAGGUCCAGUACACCGAGGAGCCAGGCUUUACUCGAUGCUCAGGCACGACAGGAGAGAAGACGAUCGAGGAUGAUGCAAUACUCGGUAAACAACGGUCGGACAUCGAAUCUUGCUCAUGAGUAUUCCUCAACUACAUCUUCGCGCCCGACUAAGAGCACGGCUUCAACAAUCGUUUCCGAUGAUUCUUAUGGGGGUGUUGAGUUGUCACAAGAGCCACAAUACCAGGCUCCUGAGCAAAACAUAGAAGCCGAUCAUUCCCUCAGUCAUCGAUCUUCAUUCCUCAGGAGACAAAGGGAAUCUCAGAAUGGACACGUACGAAGCAUUUCGGAAGCACCUCCUAGGACAACUCUCACUCGUGCUAAUGGCACCUCUGGUGAAUUGCCUUCGGGAGCCCCUCGGCCUUCACAAAGUGUUCUGAGAAGCCCUAUCAGCACAUUGAUUGAAAGCGACCGGGCAAAGAAUGCCGCACAGGCAAGACUAGGAAUCAAUGAUGAUGCGCAAUCUACGAUAUCAUCAGGAACAGUCUGGGAUGAACUAGACGAACUGAAGAUGCGGAUCAAGAGGCUGGAAUUAACUGGUACUUUACCUCCAGCGUCAUCUUCUUUGAGCGGUGUAGGGUCGGGAAUAUCAAACUCAUCUGGUGACCGGCCGCGAACAGGUACCACGGCCGCCACUACCGUAUCUAACUCUCCGAGGCACCAGCCCCAGCAGUCUAACAGUAAUAAUAACAAUAACGAAGCUGCGGCUGCACCGUCGCCGACAGCCACGGGGCCGCCUCCGACUAUUCAUCCCGUGCUUCAUGCGGCACUGGCCAAGACGAAGAUAGUUUUGCCUGAUCACAUCAUUAAAGCACUUGAUGCUCUAGCGAAUGAUACUCUGAACCUUGCGGAGGCCGUGGGGAGCACGGGACAGUCGACGAUGUCGAUCAAUCCGGCGCUCAACAGCCCGGAGAAGCAGCUAGUGACCGAUAGACAGAUUCGCAGGAAGGUGGAUAAUAUCUGCCGCAGCUUGACUGAGCUCUGCGUGUCGUUGGCCGAUGGAAGGAUGCCAUUUGAUCCUCCACCAGACAACCAAGUACAAACCAUGCCAGUUGUACCACAACCACAAAUCCAGCAACCGCAAAUCCAGCAACCACCUCAGCAGCCCCCACCGCAGGUUCAAACAUCGGUGUUCCCUCCUCGCGUUGAGGACCCCAUCGAGCGAACCAACACCGCCUUCGAUUAUAGGAGCCCUAGCGCUAUCGGACAUAAGAUUGACCGAGAAGCGACCGUGACACCAAAUUCAGCUGCGCGCGCACACGCUCGAUUUGAAGCUCGCCGGGCUAGUUUGCUCGGAGCACCAUCUCCACAAUACAUCUCACGACAAGAAGCAUCCCCGUCCCCACAGCCGGGUGCUACCCGUCUCUCCCACCGAAAUUCGAUGUCACUUCGUGGUGGUGGUGACCGUAGAAGUAUGAUUGAGCCAGAAGACGAACUCGACAUGCAACAGAUCCCAAACUACCGCUCGCCAUCCCGUGCUUCUAAUCUAAACACAUCAACAGCCCACCUCUCACCGCUCCGCACCACAUUUACUGGACAGAGCUACGAGGUUUCACCAAUGCAGAGAACCCUUACCCUCCGUGAGCAGCGUGCUGCUCAACAGGCACAGCAAUUAGAGCAAUUUCAACAAGCACAAACGAACUUGGAAAUUGCAAGCAAUAGUUACUUGUCUGCAUCCGGCCUUCAGCAUCGUAGAACCUAUAGCACUGCUUCUACGAUCACCCCAACUUCGUCUUCCGGAUUGGGACUGACGACUCAACGCCGCUCGUACCUCGAUAGAGAACGCGGUAUUACUGAUAAUAUUAUCGGUACCGCAUUGACUACUGGUUCUGGUGUUGGAAGUGCUGCCCAGCCCAUUGAUAUCAGCCGCCGCCGAACAGAGUAUCUCCGCGCUGCCAAUGGCGAACAACAACAACAACAGCAAAUUCAAACGGAGAUGGGAUACUCGCCACCACAGAGUGUAAGUGGGGGUAGCAUGGGCGGCAGGAGUAGGACGGCGAGCGUGAGUAGCCGGGUGGGCAGUGUGAGAGCGCGGACGACGAAUAUGCUGGGUAGCAAUUACGUGGCGUCUGGAAGCGGAAGAGUCGAAGGGUUAGGUCUGGGGCGAGACCGAGGAGUUUUGAAUACCACAAGGCGGUAA